AUGAGAGCAAUGUACCUCUCCCUCAUCGGUUUCGCCCUCGCGAUCACCGUCGUUUAAGGGGCCGAUUCGAACGGCCGCCCCGCCUGUACACCAGAGAAUUGCCCCAGCGGCGAAUGUGAUGGAAAGAAUUGUUUGAAUGCUAAUAUCGCUGGGUGUGACGCUUGUGAUAAAGCGUGAGUGACCGUAGUGGGAGCACGUACCCGACGUCGCCGCUCGUUCGGCAGCCACCCGACCGAAACCCGGGAGCUACUUGCAUCGACAAUUCUCACGAUGCCAUUAUCUGACUAGUGUUCCUUUUUCCAUCAGGAACCAACACUGCUAUAAUUUCUGUAAUCAACCACAUACGUGCCCCAUCAAAUGUAAGGUUCACUGCGACAGUAGGUGA